AUGGCUCUACCUAUUCUUACAGGUCUUCUCCAAGAAUAUGUGCAAUCAUUGUUAAAUGAGGGGAUUGUAAAUGACCAAUUUGCUUCUGUUCAGACUUUGAAAAGCACCGAUGAACCUGAUGCCAUCAUAAGAUUGAUCACUUCAUACUUUGCAGAUGUGGAAGCAGUAUUAUCCGAGCUCACAAGAUCUAUCGAUUCUCCUGAGGCUGAUUUUGACCAGUUGGCUGCCCAAGCUAAUACCAUCAAGGAGAAAAGCCUGUGCAUAGGUGCUGAGCAUAUGAAACUUGCAUGUGAUAGUCUCAUCCGUGCUUGCGAAGAAAAACAGGGGCGAAAGUUCUCCCAGGCACUUAAUUGGAUUGAAAAUGAAUUUGCUCGAACUCAGGAUAAGUUGGAUGCAGUUGUUCAGAAGCUAAAGUCAGUUGGGUCUUUUGGAGAUGCAGAUGGAGAAGAGGAUUCUCAGACUUGA